CACGCGGGCUAGCAGCCUUUCCAGUUGUCGCUCUUCUGAGGAAAGGGGCGGUUGGUGUGGCCUCCAUUGUUCGGGAUUUAGGGCGCCAUGAGGGGAGACAGAGGCCGCGGCCGUGGUGGGCGUUUUGGCUCCAGAGGAGGCCCAGGAGGAGGGUUCAGGCCCUUUGUGCCACAUAUCCCAUUUGAUUUCUACUUGUGUGAGAUGGCCUUCCCCCGGGUCAAGCCAGCGCCUGAUGAAACUUCCUUCAGUGAGGCCUUACUGAAGAGGAAUCAGGACCUUGCUCCUAAUUCUGCUGAACAGGCCUCUAUCCUUUCUCUGGUGACAAAAAUAAACAAUGUUAUUGACAAUUUGAUUGUGGCUCCAGGAACAUUUGAAGUGCAAAUUGAAGAAGUCCGACAGGUAGGAUCUUACAAAAAGGGAACCAUGACUACAGGACACAAUGUGGCUGACCUGGUGGUGAUCCUAAAGAUUCUACCAACAUUGGAAGCUGUUGCUGCCCUGGGGAACAAAGUCGUGGAAAGCCUAAGAGCACAGGAUCCUUCUGAAGUUUUGACCAUGCUGACCAAUGAAACUGGCUUUGAGAUUAGCUCUUCUGAUGCUACAGUGAAGAUUCUUAUUACAACAGUGCCACCCAAUCUGCGGAAACUGGACCCAGAACUCCACUUGGAUAUCAAGGUGCUACAGAGUGCUUUAGCAGCCAUCCGACAUGCCCGCUGGUUUGAGGAAAAUGCUUCUCAGUCCACAGUCAAAGUUCUUAUCAGACUGCUGAAGGACCUGCGGAUUCGUUUUCCUGGCUUUGAGCCUCUCACACCCUGGAUUCUUGACCUACUAGGUCACUAUGCUGUGAUGAACAAUCCCACGAGACAGCCUCUGGCCCUAAAUGUGGCUUACAGGCGUUGCUUGCAGAUUCUGGCUGCAGGAUUGUUCCUGCCAGGGUCAGUGGGUAUCACAGAUCCCUGUGAGAGUGGUAACUUCAGAGUACACACAGUCAUGACUUUGGAACAGCAGGACAUGGUCUGCUAUACAGCUCAGACUCUGGUCCGAAUCCUCUCUCAUGGUGGUUUUAGGAAGAUCCUUGGCCAGGAGGGUGAUGCCAGCUACCUUGCUUCUGAAAUAUCUACCUGGGAUGGGGUAAUAGUGACACCUUCAGAAAAGGCUUAUGAGAAGCCACCAGAGAAGAAGGAAGGAGAGGAAGAGGAGGAGAAUACAGAAGAACCACCUCAAGGAGAGGAAGAAGAAAGCAUGGAGACACAGGAGUGACCCAAGAGGAAGAAUGGAGCAUAAGCUAACUCCUACUGAGCUUUAUGUGGUGGCAUUUUUGCGGACAAGGGAGAUAGAAGGAAAGUGAACUUCAGAAGAAAAUGUCAUUCCAGUGGGUUCUGACAUUGGCUUAGUAGCCAGAAGUCUCCAUUGCCCUAUGCCGUCCAUCUGUAGUGAAGCACGAUACCAACUUCUAAUACUUUAGAAUUCCCAUCUCUUGGAAACCUCUCAACCAUUAGUUUGUUGUUGAAAUGUUAUGAAUUUAUAGUGUCUGGACUUUUUUUUUUUUUUUUUUUCUAAGAAAAAUGAUUAAAAUACUUCCUAGUAGGGCU